AUGUACACUUUCUACACUUGAAGUGGAUAUUAUUGUGUAUAUAUUUGGAUUAUACCCAAAAGAUGCCCAAAAGAGAACUAGAAGUGGAGAUUAGUUAGUGGAGGAGAUUGGAGAAGAUUCGAGACAUGGUGGAAGAUACGAGGGUGAAAAAUCAAGAACGCCAAAUAUACUCACUUCCUGUUUCGUGGUGAUGCACACGCGACUGCAGAUACUUUGGUCAUAACGGUUGUUUACAGCAAUCUAAGAAUACGCCUCUGACGUAGCAAUGAACAAAUGCAAUCUAAUUGGAACGUAGAGAUUAACGAUUGACUGCGCCUUUGAUACGAAUUUGUUGAUAGAGUGAUUAUUCGUCACAUUGUAAAAGCUUUUGUUGUCUAACCUCAAUAAAAAAAAUCUUAUGUAAGUUUUAGAGAGAUUAUCAAACGUGAUCCGACUCCGAUAGCCUAGACGUUUCAUCGUUGAUUUUUAAUUGCUGUGCAAGAUUGACCAAACAAUCUUAAUCAAGAACAUGGAUCCAGUUCAGCCUAAAAACCCUAAAGCAGAAGGAAUUACUGAGGGAAGUAAGGAACCAUUGUUCAAGUUGGAUGAGCCUGUUACUACUGCUUUAAAUAUAAGUACAUUGACUAACGUCAAUGCCAACGAGGAAGCAGAUAGCCUUUCUUUCAUAGUGCUUGGUAAAGAUUCGGUAGAGGCUCAGGCUUCCUUAUUAGCUUCCUAUGUUGAUAUCCAACAGAAGAGCAUGUCAAUUGACUAUAAGUCAAUGGUGUCGUCGCUGAGCAUAACUGAGAUGCAACGCAGAUUGACGGAAAUGUUGCAAGAAAAUGUGAAAUUGAAGGAAACCUUGAGGCAGAACAACGACUCUAUGAAACAGCAGUUUAAUACCUUGGCAAUGUGGCAAGAGGAGGUGACCAAGGUUCAUCAAAAUCAUAAGCAAAAGUUUGCGGAAACUAAAGAACUUAUAAAUCAUCUCAAAAAGGAAAAUGCAGAACUGAAAACUAAACUCUGGCUCUCACAACACACUGAAGAUAUAGGAUAUAAGGCGAUUAGUGCCAUUUCUGAAUCUGACACUAUUGUUAGUAAUGCUUUCACCAGUGAAACAGAACUUGAACAGAACGUGCCCAAAUUUACAAGCGCAAUAUCAAAGAUAGCUGUUGAGAAAUGUAAAGAAUACAUAACGUCUGUAAUAUCCGAAAAGUUUGCUGAUAAAGACCAACAAAAACAACAAUUAAAAGUAGAAAAAGAAUUAGAGUUGGCAAUGAAAUCGUUAAGUUCCAGUGACAGCCACAGUUAUGUGAAACCUGAAAUUCCAAAAUGUUCAGAGGCGUGUUCUGCAAAGGAUCAGGAAAUUGCUUGCUUGAAAAAAUCCAUUGAUAUACUUGAACAAAAGUUACAAUGUAUCUUUACUCCUGUUGAACUGAAAGAUUUAUCGGAAACAUCGUCCAAUUUAAACCGUCAGAAAUUCGUACAAAAUGUGAAGCAAUAUAACGACAUGCUACAAGAAUUAACCGAAUGUUUUAUAACACAAAUAGAACACUUUGGUAGCAUAGAAAAAGUUUUAAAGGAAGUUACAGAUAUUCUAAGACUUGACGGCGAUAACUCUAAGAUGCAGUAUGAAGAAAAAUUAUGUCAGUUUUGCAAACAAUUAGCUGACGAGCAAGUAAAACUUAUUACUGAUCGACAAACUUUAAUUAAAUCAAAGAAUCAAUUCCAAAAGAUAUUCUCUGAUUAUAAUUCAAUUCUAUACGAAUUGGAAAUAACGAUCGACGAAAAUACGAAGUUAAACGUUUUAAAGGCCAACAGCGCCCACGAGAAUUCACAAACGUUAGAACAGAUUAAACGCGACCAGCAAUCACUGGAAAAAGAGAAAAUAAUUUUCGAUCAAGAGAAGGACAAUUUAGAGAAAGAAAAAAGAUCCCUUGAAAGCCAGAAAAAGAGCUUGGACAUAGACCAAGUAUCUUUGCGUGAUGAGAGAAAACUUUUCGAGCAAGAAAAAAUCACUUUAAAUGAAGAAAAAGUGUCACUUGAUCACCAAAGUCAACUAUACGAAAAUUCCGAAAGAGAUCUGCAAAACGAGAAAAAAGUAUUGCAAGUUCGUUAUGACCAACUGUUGAGCGAGACAAAUAAUUUGCGACAGCUGAUCGAAGAGAAAAGUACAGAACUUCAAAAUACGAUGGAGCAGGUUGCACAAGGCGCGGAAGAGAUAACUUUAUUAAGAUCGCAAUUAUCGCUCUAUGAAGAAGACUUUCAACAGGAGAAGAAGCUUGCAGAAGCAUUAUUAGAAGACAAGAAUAAAUUGAACACAGAAUUGCUAAGGCAAAUAGAGUUUAACAAACAGUUACAGGAAUCUGCUGGCAUUACCGAUUCCAGUGGUCAACCAAGACAAACGUCUGAACAUCCAAGCGGUGACAAAUACAACGGGCGCGCAAGAGGUCGCAACGCCACUGUGCGAGAGAAGCAGCCGAAUUAUCGAAAUUUAAUUUUUCGCUUAUUCCCAAUGAAAUAAUGAAUAAUUACGUAUUUAUUUAAAUAUUCAAAUUCCUUUCUAAAUUGAUAUACGCGUAAAUAAGUUCUAUUUUUAUCGUAUUGCUUCUCUGUAGUUCUGUAAUCGUAUGUAGUAUCGCAUAGUUGGCAUUGCUAAGUUAGCUACUUUAAUCCUAGACUUUUCUCUUUUGUUUUCUUCUCCUUAUUCUCUCUGCUCUUUCAAGGAUACAACUAAGCUUUUUAUUGAAUUAGUAAAUCAUAU